AGAUAGUCUCAGUUUCGUUAUUACAGCCUAAGGUCACGUGCUCCGGCUAAACAGAGCAACAAUCAGCUGGUCGCUCACAGCUGAGUUUUGGUGUGUGUCUCUUUGGUGACGUCUCUGGUAUGAAAGAGAGCUGUCGACAUUAUCUUUUGAAGGUGCUGAAAGUUACCUGGAAAGUCAAACCAUACGAAACCAGACAAAAGAAACCCUGACAUGGCCCCAACACUGUACGAUGAGAAACCAGAGCUCGGGGACUUGAUUGAGAUCUUCCGGGGCUCCUAUCAGCACUGGGCUGUGUAUGUUGGCGAUGGCUUCCUUGUUCACUUGGCACCACCCUCGGAUGUCCCAGGUGCAGGCGCCAGCAGUAUAAUGUCUGUCAUAACUGAGAAGGCCAUUGUGAAGAAAGAGGAGCUGUGGGACGUGGUGGGAACCGACCAGUGGAAAAUCAACAACAGCCUGGACAACGAGUACAAGCCACGCCCAGUUCACGUCAUUGCGAGGGAGGCCUGUGCGAAGGUGGGCGAUGAACUGCCGUACUGCGUCUUCAGGGGGAACUGUGAGCACUUUGCAAACGAGCUGCGCUAUGGAAAAGCUGAGUCCCGGCAGGUGCGUAAGGCAGGAGAAACAGUCAUGGUCGCAGGUGUGGCUACAGUGGUGGGUCUGGGGAUCGUGGCUCUAGCAGGAGCUCUGUUUGGAGGUGGGAAAAAAGAAAACAAGAACACACAGUGAAGUACCAGGUCGCCUGUUCAGGGACUUGAUGAACAGAUCACGAACGUUUUCUGUGUGAUAUUAGUGUAUAAGCUAGGCUUUAGCUCACAGAAAACGUUAAUUUACAUUUGUGAUUUAGUCAGAAAUUAGAUUUCUACUCAACUUUACCAUAUGUCCCGCAUGCCUUUGUGGGUUUGAAUAACAAUGCAAAGCUUUUAGGUUAGGGAUCAAGAUUCUAUUUUUCUGACUUUUUCAAAUUUCUACAGACAGCACAUACAAGCACAAGAAGCACUAUUUCCACUAAUGAAGCUGCCAAGAUAAAAUGUUUCAAUGUUUUAAUAUGAACUGAAGAUUAAGCAGAUAUGUUUUGUAUUGUGAAGGAUGAUAAAAACAAAGCUGUGGUGGUAGUUGCUUAUGAAGAAAUAUUAGCUACCAAAGUCGAGCCUUUAGACAAGAAUAUUUUACAUAAUCAAAAUUAAGCUAAUAUAAUGAUAUUGUGGUUACAUCUCACAGAAAAUGCCAUGUAAUGUCUGAAAGGAGUAAGGAUGUGGACGGAUCUAAUUCAGCAGUUUUCUUAUGACAUGCUAUCUCCUAAUGAGUUCACAAGUUAACUAGAAUUCAUAAUACAGUGUCUUCUCUUACAUUUGUUUUGAAUAAAUAAUUUAUGUGAUA